AUGAGGCGUCUAGGCUACAAAAAGUCCAAAAAUGGCUGCCUUCCAUGCAAGCAGCGUAGGGUCAAGGUAUCGAUUCUUCCGUGUUCCGCAUGUGUUAGACACUCACUCUAUUGUUCAUUGCAGGAUAAAAAGAUGCCAGCAAAGAUGCCAUCACCCGAGCCACCUUCACGUCUCUCGUCUACGACCAGUGACGCCGAAUCGACCUCGACAGACGGCUUCCCGUUUCUACCAACAUUUUCGCGCGGAGGCUUACCGAUGGACGAGAGCGACUGGACGAAAGACAUGCAGCUCAUACAUCAUUACACCGCAAAAGGCUACCUCGCAAUAUCAGCCUCUGAAUCCACCAGGGAUACACUUCAAUACGCCGUACCUCGAAUAGCCUUCUCUCACGACUACCUCCUCCACCAGAUCUUGUCAUUUUUGGCUCUCCAUCUUGCCUAUCUUCAUCCUGAGACUGGAACCGAGUACUCGCACCUUGCCUCGCAACACCAGAACGAGUCUAUCAAAGGGAUGAGAAGUGCAUUGAUGCAGGACGCGACAUCCCAGUCUUGCCAUCCGUUAUACUUGUCCUCUAUUCUCCUGUCAUUCAAUGCAUUCGGUCGAUUAGCCAGGUAUCGUGACGACAGCAAAUGCGACACAACUUGCGAGAGUAUACCUGGUGCGAAUUCCCCUUGCCUGGACGAUCUGCUGGACAUCUUUAGGUCAAUCCAUGGGAUUUCAACAAUCCUCUCUUCAUCCGACCUUGAUUUGCGCUCAGGGCCGUUGAAACCGCUCUUUGAAAUGCCAUGUGAUCCCAGCAUCUCAGCGCCGCACCUUCAAUCGGUAGCUCAAGAGAUGUCCUCGAUGCUAGGUCGGUUACCAGUGCCGCCAACGCCGUUUGACGAAAACAGAAGAAUAAUUUUCGGGGCAGGGACUUCCCUGAUUGAGAGUCUUGUUGCAGUAACUCGUACACUGCAUUCCGAGACCCCGUCCGAGAUGAGAGCUGUCUUCUUCUGGCCCAUCAGGGUUUCUGCCAGAUUUGUUGACCUGGCGAGGCAGCAGGAUCCAUCGGCCAUGGUCAUAAUAGCCCACUACUGUGUUUUACUGCACUUGGCUGAGGCAUCGUGCUGGUUUCUUAGGGGAUGGGCAGCAGCUGUGCUGAACCCGAUAGCUACGCAGUUGAGGGGCACUCCCCUUGAGGAGCUUAUUCGGUGGCCUACUGACACGGUGCUUCAUGGCUAG